AGAAGACAAAAUGAAAGGCUUACUUUUCUGUUAUAUUCUUUGAGAUAAUAAUAAAAAGAAGUUGAGAAUUGGCAUGAUCCAUUCCACUUUGAAAUUUAUAGCUCAAAAAACCAACAAAAGGAAACUAGCUCCUUUUCCAAUACUACUUGAAGGUCAUAUUCCUUGUUAAAACCUUUUCUCUGGGAUAUUCAUUCUUUUCUUUCCAGCCUCUUUUUGGUUUUCAGGUCUUUAUUGGGUUGGGAUUUUCUUUCUUGCAUAUGUAAGAGGUAAGUAGAGUCAUUACACUUUCUUGUGUUUGUAUCUUAAAGUUACAGGAUUUUCUUGCAAGAGUUGUUGAUGUUCAGAACUCAGUUUCUUGAAUCACAGAACCAAUUUACUGAUAUAAAGUUGAUGAACCAGUUAUGCUCUUUUUGUCUCACAUCCAAUCAUGGAUUUUCAAUUCUUGAUGUGAAUAGAAAAUCUUGAGGUAUAUGUUUUGUAGGCAUGGGAAGAAUUAGAAUAUCAUAUGGGUCAAUUUCCAUAUCUGUUCUAGUUAUUUUCCUUCUUUUUCAUCAAUCUUUUGGGCUUAAUGCUGAUGGUCAAUUCCUCUUAGAUAUAAAGAGCAGAUUAGUUGAUAACUCUAAUCAUCUGACUGACUGGAACCCAAAUGAUUCUACCCCUUGUGGGUGGAAAGGUGUGAAUUGCACCUAUGAUUAUUACAAUCCAGUAGUUUGGUCUCUUGAUUUGAGCUUUAAGAAUCUUUCUGGUUCUUUAUCACCAAGUAUAGGUGGGUUGACUGGUUUGAUUUAUCUUGAUCUUUCUUUCAAUGGGCUGUCUCAAGAUAUCCCUAAAGAAAUUGGUUAUUGUUCUAGUUUGGAGGUUCUUUGUCUAAACAAUAACCAAUUUGAAGGCCAGAUUCCUAUAGAAAUAGUUAAACUUUCUUCUUUGACAAUUUUCAAUAUAUCCAACAACAGAAUAUCUGGCUCCUUUCCUGAGAACAUUGGUGAAUUUUCGUCCUUGUCGCAACUAAUUGCUUUCAGUAAUAACAUCUCUGGGCAACUGCCAGCUUCUUUUGGCAAUCUUAAGCGUUUGACAAUUUUUAGAGCAGGGCAGAAUCUGAUAUCAGGAAGCCUUCCACAAGAGAUAGGUGGAUGUGAGAGCUUGCAGAUUCUUGGUCUUGCGCAAAAUCAAUUGAGCGGGGAAAUACCAAGAGAGAUUGGAAUGCUGAAGAACUUGAAAGAUGUAGUCCUUUGGAGUAAUCAGCUUUCAGGGUCUAUUCCAAAGGAGCUAAGCAAUUGUAGUAAGUUGGGGAUUCUUGCGCUCUAUGAUAACAAUCUUGUCGGAGCUAUACCCAAGGAGCUUGGUGGCCUUGUGUUUCUGAAGAGUUUAUACCUCUACAGGAAUCACUUGAACGGGACGAUCCCGAAAGAGCUUGGAAAUCUGUCUUCUGCAAUUGAGAUUGAUUUCUCAGAGAACAUGUUGACCGGAGAAAUACCUGUAGAGUUGGCAAAGAUAACUGGAUUACGGUUACUUUAUCUUUUCGAGAACAAGCUUACUGGUGUCAUCCCAAAUGAGCUCACAACUUUGGUGAACUUGACAAAGCUUGACCUCUCCAUUAAUAAUCUGACUGGUACUAUUCCUGUUGGGUUCCAAUAUUUGAAGCAGCUAGUGAUGUUGCAGCUUUUCAACAACUCGUUGAGCGGGAGCAUUCCUCAAGGGCUUGGAGUUUAUGGAAAGCUGUGGGUGGUUGAUUUAUCAAAUAACUAUCUAACUGGAAGAAUUCCGCCUCAUCUUUGCAGAAAUGGGAGCCUGUUUUUGUUGAACCUUGGGUCGAAUAGCCUCGUAGGUUACAUCCCAAAUGGUGUAAUUACCUGCAAGACGCUGGGACAGCUUUAUCUUGCAGGGAAUAAUCUCACAGGAAGUUUCCCAACUGAUUUAUGCAAGCUGGUGAAUCUUUCUAGUAUUGAACUGGACCAGAACAAGUUCACUGGUACGAUUCCUCCAGAGAUUGGUUACUGCCGUGGUUUGAAAAGGCUGCAUCUAUCCAAUAACUACUUAUAUGGUGAAUUGCCAAGAGAGAUAGGUAACCUUUCUCAAUUGGUCAUCUUUAACAUCUCAUCAAAUCGGCUGAGUGGAAUGAUACCACCAGAGAUCUUCAACUGCAAGAUGCUUCAACGGCUUGACCUCAGCCGCAACAAUUUUGUAGGUGCUCUACCAAGUGAGAUAGGAGGCCUUUCCCAAUUGGAGCUUCUCAAGCUCUCAGAUAAUGAAUUUUCUGGUAUUAUACCUAUGGAGGUUGGAAAUCUUAGUCACCUAACUGAGUUACAAAUGGGAGGCAAUUUAUUUUCUGGUGCGAUUCCAGCAGAGUUGGGUGAUCUUUCAAGCUUGCAGAUUGCAUUAAACCUCAGCUAUAAUAAUCUCUCUGGGUCUAUACCUGAAGAGAUUGGAAAUCUUGUGCUGCUGGAAUUUCUGCUCCUGAACAACAAUAAUUUGAGUGGUGAAAUUCCAGGCUCCUUGAAGAGCCUGUCUAGCUUGCUUGUAUGCAACUUCUCUUACAAUGACUUAACGGGACCUUUACCUUCCUUGCCACUCUUUCUAAACACAGGAAUUAGCAGCUUUCUUGGGAACAAAGGGCUCUGUGGAGGAUCUCUUGGUAAUUGCAGUGAAUCUCCAUCAUCCAAUCUUCCUUGGGGUACACAAGGAAAAAGUGCCCGUUUAGGCAAAAUAAUAGCUAUAAUUGCAGCUGUUAUUGGUGGGAUUUCAUUCAUAUUGAUUGUGGUCAUUAUAUACUUCAUGAGGCGUCCAGUUGAAAUAGUGGCUCCAGUGCAAGAUAAAUUAUUCUCUUCUCCCAUUUCCGAUAUUUACUUUUCUCCAAGGGAAGGGUUCACAUUCCAAGACUUGGUUGCAGCCACUGAGAAUUUUGAUAACAGCUUCGUGAUCGGAAGAGGAGCUUGUGGAACUGUGUAUAGAGCAGUCUUGCCAUGUGGCCGCACCAUUGCGGUUAAGAAGCUAGCAUCUAACAGAGAAGGGAGCACUAUUGACAACAGCUUCCGCGCUGAAAUCUUGACUUUAGGCAAGAUCAGGCAUCGUAACAUUGUGAAGCUAUUUGGUUUCUGCUACCACCAAGGUUCCAAUCUGCUACUUUAUGAAUACAUGGCAAAGGGUAGCUUGGGAGAAAUGCUCCACGGAGAGUCCAGUUGUCUUGAUUGGUGGACAAGAUUCAACAUUGCCCUUGGCGCUGCUCAAGGACUUGCUUAUCUGCACCAUGACUGCAAGCCUCGAAUUUUUCACCGCGACAUAAAGUCUAAUAACAUUCUGCUUGAUGACAAGUUUGAAGCUCAUGUUGGGGACUUUGGGUUAGCCAAGGUGAUUGACAUGCCACAGUCCAAAUCGAUGUCUGCUGUUGCUGGUUCUUAUGGCUACAUUGCCCCAGAGUAUGCAUACACCAUGAAAGUGACAGAAAAAUGCGACAUAUAUAGCUAUGGAGUUGUCCUUUUGGAGCUGCUGACAGGCAGAACGCCGGUGCAGCCACUGGACCAAGGGGGUGAUCUAGUAACCUGGGUAAGAAACUACAUUCAGGUUCACACAUUGUCACCUGGAAUGCUAGACGCCCGACUGGAUUUGGAUGAUGAGAAUACUGUUGCCCACAUGAUGACUGUCAUGAAAAUUGCUUUGCUCUGCACAAACAUGUCUCCUAUGGAUCGGCCAACAAUGCGGGAAGCAGUGCUGAUGCUUAUCGAAUCGCAUAAUAAACGAGUAGGACAAUCGGAAUCGUCCCCGAGCAGUCGUCAUGGUAAUUCAAGUGAAGGAGCACAUUUUGAUUCAUCCCCAAGUCAUCAUGCUAAUUCAAGUGAUGAACUGAUUGUACAUGUGUAAUCAUUUCUUAUUUAAUUAUUUUACUAGAUAGAGACUGGGAUGAUUUCUUUUGUUUUUCUUUUUUAGCAGCUAAAUCAUCCUUUACUAUAAGUAACAUAAGUAAAAAGAAAGAGUAGCCAUAUUCAUAUAUAUUACAGACUGCAUUGUUAUGUAUAUUUCUAACACAAUUAUGUAUUGUAUUGUUUGCCUC